AUGGCGACACAUGUUUUGGAGUUUGUCUCUGCUUUUAGCUGCCAUCAUGCUUAUCAUACCCCUUACAAAAGAAGAAACUACCCAUCUCUACCGCACACAAGUUCACACACACACAGUGAGAGAAAGAGAGAGCUUGAAACUGAAGCAGAAAUGGAGGAAGUGGUUGUGAUUGUAGGAGCAGGUUCAGCAGGCCUUGCGACUUCUGCAUGCCUGAAUCAUCUCUCAAUUUCCAACAUUGUUCUUGAAAAAGAAGAUUGUUGUGGCUCUCUGUGGAAGAAGAGAACAUAUGAUCGACUGAAUCUCCAUCUAUAUAAGAAGUUCUGUUCCUUGCCUUUUAAGCCACACCCACCGAAAAGUCCCGCAUUCAUGUCUAAAGCUGCAUUCAUCCAAUACUUGGAUGACUAUGCUUCAUCUUUCAACAUAAGCCCCUGGUACUGUCGUUCUGUCGAAUCAGCUGUUUUUGUGGAAGGUGAUCAGAAAUGGCAUAUUGAAGCAAAAAACACCAUGUCAGGGGAAAUGGAAGUUUAUGUUUCAAAUUUCUUAGUUAUCGCCACAGCUGAGAAUGGUGAAGGUUAUGUCCCUUCACUGCCCGGCUUAUAUAGCUUUGGAGGAGAAGUUCUUCACUCAAGCAACUAUAAGUCGGCAAUGGGUUAUGAAGCAAAGGAAGUUUUGGUAGUCGGCUGUGGUAAUUCAG